AUGACAUUCCAACGAUCCAGCAGUGUGCUCGCUGCGCUCUGUCACAACCCGCCAGUGUAUUCCUCAUCCUCUCUUCGCCCAAAAUGCCAAAUCCGCCUCACCUUUACAAAACCCGCAGCCCACCGCGCCGCCCUCCCGCUCCUCUUCCACCACCGCCUCGCGUCGACCUCCUCUGCCGCCGCUCCCCAAAAGCGUAGUCCUCCUCCCACUACUCCCAUAACCGCCACCACAACCCGCUCUCCACCCGCCUCCCCUUAUAAACCCACCACCCCCGAUCCAAACCAGCCCCUCCCCGACCGCAUCAACCCCCCCGCCUCCACCCUCCCCGCGCCCCUGACGACCCCCUCGCGCGCCCAGGAUCAGUCCUUGAUCAACUACCUCUACAAAACCGGCAGGGCCUACACCUCAUUCUACUGGACCGGCAUCAAGAACAUCCGACACAACCGCACCCUCGCUAAAGCCGUCGAAGCGCGCAUCUCGAGCGCCGCGCGCAGCGAUGCAGCCACAGCCGCCGAGCGCGGAGACGUCAAGACCGCGGCCGCGGGGCCGGGGGUCGCGACGCGGAACCGCAUCGCGGCCAUCGAGGCGCUGAGCGGGACCGCGACGGCGGGGCUGACGAGAGCGGAGUGGCAGCUCCUGCUGCGCAGUCGGUAUGAUAUGCGCCGCGUGCCGAUCUUCGCGCUGCUGUUCGUUAUACUGGGAGAAUGGCUGCCGCUUGUGGUGAUCUACUUCACGGCACUGGUGCCUAGGACGUGCAGGAUUCCGCUGCAGGUUGACCGGGAGAUUAGGAAGCUGGAGACGAGGAGGCGGCAGAGCUUGAGGGAGAUGAGUGCGCUGAGGGCGAUUACGGGGAAGAGUGGGGAAGGUGUGCGAGAAGAGAGCGGGAAGCAGCAGAUGGACGGGACUGGGCAGCUGGCUACAGAAGUCGUCAUAAAAGAGGAGAACCAGGUCGAUCGUAAGACGGAGCUGGUGCAUUUGAGCAGGUGUUUCGGGCUGCAUUCUAAGAUGUGGGAUCGGCUGCUGGGUGGGCCGCCGACGGCAUUGGUGGCGCGAAAGGUCAGGAAUAGGUUUGAUUAUCUGGCCGAGGAUGAUCGCCUGGUUCUGAGGGACGGUAGUGUGAAAGAUCUUACUAAGGAGGAAACCAAAGAAGCUUGCGUGGAGCGCGGGAUUGAUGUGCUAGGCAGGAAGGAGGAGGAGAUGAGGAGGGAUCUGGAGCUGUGGAUGGGAAGGAGGAAGAGGGGCAUGUUGCCUGGGAUCGGUGAGGCUGGGAGGUAA